UCCCCCUCUUUCCACCUCUCAGCUUUCUUUUCUUCUUUUCUACUUUGGGGCAAUUUUGCUCACUUUUGCAGGUAGGAAUAGUGAAAGAUGAUUUUGAUUAUCACAGUUGUUAUGUGAUCUACCUUUUUCUGCAAAUUUCUUGGGAAGAGAGGGAUCAUUUCUAUUUAUCCUGGAUUUUCUUUUCUUGGGGUUAUUGCUCAAGCAACAUCAAACUCGCAAUGGAGAACCUUUUUCGGCAGCAUGACAAGGAGUAUAUGAGGAUGGCAAUGUUAAAACAUGAAGAAACAUUCAAACAGCAGGUCUAUGAGCUGCAUCGUCUAUAUCAAAUCCAGAAGGCACUGAUGAAAAGCAUUGAAAGCAGCAGACCUAAUGGAAGCUUUAUCAAGAAGAAGAAUUAUCACCACGGGAAUACCGAUAUGCAUCACAGUUCAAGAACGAGACUUGACUUGGAAUAUCCUGCAGCUGAGGCUGAUCAUCAUCAGGGAUACAAUGUUGCAGAAUAUAACCGUGGUCGUUUAGAAGCCAUAGAUGAGAGCGAGAUUGAGCUGACUUUAGGUCUCACAAAGUACACAGGGAGGAAGAAACAUGGGACUCUGCUAACUUCCGAUCCCAGUCCAAGCUUUUCUUCUUCUUCCUCUGAAUUCAGUCAGAUGACAUUGAGGUGUCAAAAUGGAAGUAUAAACAACAAUGAGCUUGAAGAACAAUUGAGACAAAAGAGAUUGAAACAGCCUCCUUGGCUUUUUCAAGUUCUAAGUAUGAAUAUGACUUGA